AUGAUGAUGCGACCUAAAUCAUUACACUUACCAUCGGCACCACAGCCUACGUACUCCACCUCUAUUCUUCAGCUCCACCACAACAACCAGCAGCAACAAAAUGUUCCUGUUUCACCACCAUCCACACCACUUGUACCAAAUUCACCAGAGUCGUUAUCAUCACCACCUUUAUACCCAUCACCAACGAGCUCUACAGUACGACCCACAAGCUCAACAUCAACAACAGCUAUCAAAGAAAACGUGCAGGUCAUGGUGCGAUUACGUCCACCUUCUACAAAAGAACGAGAAGCCGACGAGAACCCUUGUUGGCUGGUUGGUCCAGAGAAUGGCAUGAUCAGGACAUAUGAUGACAGCCGUCGAAAUCCCGGCAUUUAUCAAUACGACGCCGUCGUCAGUGGAAGUGACAAUCAAUCCGUGUACGACACUGGCAUCGGGGAUUUGGUCAAGUCGACCAUGGCCGGUUAUAAUGGCACUGUUUUUGCAUAUGGCCAAACAGCAAGCGGUAAAACCUAUACCAUGGUACGUAACAGCAACCCUCGGUUCCUUUUUUAG